AUAAACCAAAAUUUAUAACUAUUAAUAAUAUAUAGGAUGAAAAAAAUCGAAUAUCGUCCGAUUGGUUGAGUCUUUGUAUAUGUUAUUUUGAUUCAAAAUAUUUAAGUUGGUUCUAUUUUAACUUUUGAAUUCUUAUCAUGUAUCGAUAAUUUGGUUUAUAAUUGUGUUUCAAUUAUGUUUUAGUCUCUAAACUUUUUGGAAAUAUACCUACGAGCGAGGAGGAGUUAGGGUUUUGGUUAUUGGAUUUUAUAUUGUUUAUCCGCCGGCUGAUGAUUAUUCGUCACAACAGUAACCAAGCAUUAUAAAUACAAGCCUUUAGUUCGAAUCUAAAUCAACUUCCACAGCAUGGUGCAAAAUGGCUUCCUCCGCUGGUCUCCCUUCGUUCCAUUAUUUCCACCCUCCGUCUUCUCGGCAGCGAAGACCAUCCGACCACUGCAGUGCUCCAAGAUGCCACAGCAGGACCGGCGAUGAAGAGAACGAGAAGGACAUCGUGGAAGCGAAUUUGACGGUGUUGAGAACGAGAAUGGAGGAUUUGAGGAAGAAAGAGCGACGGAUUCCGAUUCCGAUUCCGAUACGGCAGCGAGGAAUGGAAGAAUUUGAUGAUGGCCGGAGGUAUUUGUCGUCGAAGUUGGAUGGCGGUUGUUUUGAUGGUAAGAAAUUGAAAAAUGGUGCCCUGAUUUCAGGGUGUUUGGAGGUGGUGAGUACGGUUGGCGGUGCUGUUGGGCUUGUUUUCGUUGGUGGAUCUUUAGGAAUCUGUUUGGUUUCUUUUAUAGUCCGUCAUUUUUGGUGAUUUUCGAUAAGGGUUUAUAUAUUUCAUUUUUUGAAAUUUUCAUUUUUCAAAAUCAUUUGAAAAAAAUAUAUUAUGUUCUUUUUGUUUUCAAUUUUCAAAAUGGUCACUUCCUUUCUUUUUGUUAUUAUUAUUAUUUUUGAAAAAAUGUUUGGCUGUAAUAAUACAUCUUUAUUAAUUAAUUAAUGUAUAUUAUUAUGGUCGUUUGUAAUUAUUUUAUUUUUUAAAUAGUAAAAUAUCAAUCGAAAUCAUUAAAUUUUUUUGGUUG